AUGGCUGCGGUUAUCAAAGCUCUCAAUGCCAAGAUUCGGUCCAACCCGACGACGAGCUACAUUUGCUCUACCCACUUCUGGGGACCCGUCUCCAACUUUGGUAUCCCCGUCGCCGCCGUCAUGGACACACAGAAGAGCCCCGAUCUGAUCUCCGGUGGCAUGACUGGUGCCCUUGUCAUCUACUCCGCCACCUUUAUGCGCUACUCCCUCGCCGUCCAGCCCAAGAACUACCUCCUGUUCGCCUGCCACUUUGUCAACGAGUGCGCGCAGCUGACGCAGGGCUACCGAUUCCUGUCAUACCACAACUGGGGCGGCAAGGAGGCUCUCGAGGCCGCCAAGGCCCAGGCCGAAAAGGUGGAGGACAAGGCCAAGGCUGUUGUCGGCAAAUAA